AUGUUGCAGAAGAAUGGAAACCUGUUCCCAACACAGAGCCGCCUUCGUGGCAAGGUACGUGUACGUGCACUCAUGUCAGACGCGCAGGACCAAGACUUGCAGAGGGCGUUCGCCGCAUCUAUGGAAGAGCAGGCUCGACCUCAGAGCGUCGGCGAGGACGACGCAGAUAUGAUGCACAACAGGACCAUCGACAUGGAGCAGUAUUGGGCAGGGGGCAGUCCGCGGCACCAGCGACGCAGCGAGGACCGCACAUGGAGCGACGUCCCUGUACGCGUGCGACCCUACCUAGACAGCGAUAUUGAUGCUAUUGUGCCCUCUGAGAUUGUUCUACAGGCUUCUCGCAAUGAGGCGCUUCAUGUUCAGUUGGAAUCAUACGCCGAGGCAGUUGUACAGGCAUGGAAAGAGGCGCGGGCCUGGGAGGCCGAGCGGAUCACACAGGCUACGCGCUCGGCCACCGAUGCAGCGCGUGCGCAAUUCAUCAACAGCAAGUCGACGGUGUUCCAGUCGUAUGCCGCGAAAGCCUACGAUACGCCUGUUCCUGACCUAGCAUGCCCCGAAGGCCAGCCAACGACUUCUAUCACAUUGACUCAUACGGCGCUGGAACGGAGUGUCCCCGCGUGUCUGUGGUGUAAACUCGCUGCGAGCGAGACCAUGGAUUCACUCCUUAUUACGCGGCCGGCCGACGUGCUGUUGCUGAACAUCCAGCAGCAGGGUGCUGAAGAUAUGUUCCACAUUGAUCCUGUACUAUGUUUGGACCCUUUCCUUUGGAGCAAACGCCAGGGACACAGGAUCGACGGCACAGACGAGUGUCGGCAGUUGCAGAAUUUGGUCUCGGAGCUCAAUGCGCUGGAGGCCCAGCGCAAGAGGUUAACCGAGCCCACUGGCUUCCUCAUCAGACCGCUGUUAGAGCAGGUCCUAGGGUAUUACGCCACGCAGGAUAAAGCGAAGCACAUCUGGAUGCAGCAAAUCCAGGAUUACGUGCAGCAACAGGUAGCAAGUCUUCAAAUGCAACAAGAGGCACUGCAAACUAACAUUCAAGAUCUCCGGCGGCACAUAGCAGCCCAGGUGGAGCGGGCAGCCCAAGAUACCAGCCUGCAAACUGUUCCUUACGAUCUCUGUGCGGCCAUCGCCACGAGCAGUACUAUCUACGCGCGCCGUGGUGCAAAACAUACGGGGAAUCGACCCGAGUUGACGGCGCUGCAGCAGGCCAUCGCCCGUGACAAUGAACGCGCUCGGUCGGAAGUGGCCCGUGCAGUUGGUUCUACUGUACAUUAG